UCAUAGACAUAGAUGGGGCUGAACGAAACUUACUUAGCCUGUUUUGGAGGGCGAGAACGAAAAAUAUUCUUUAUGGAUGGUCCUAGUUCAUUUCUAGGAUCUAUAGCAGUCUAGUCCUAUAGAUGCGAGGAAUUCCGAUAUAGCAAUACAGUAGUAUUUUGGGUGAUGAAGUCUCACGAUUAGUUUCCUGCUGGCUCAAAUGUGGAAUUAAGCCAUGGCGUUGCUACUGGAUAAAAAAGUUCUCAAGCAAUUGGAUGCUAAUAAGAAACCAGUUUACAUAUUCAAUUGGCUGAAAGGUGUUGAGGAAAACCUUCCCACCACACCUAAGGAUCAGUUGAAAUCAUGUCAGAAAGAUCUUCAGGAGCAGCUGAACAAACAGUUAGCAGAGGCUCAUGGCCCUGCUACCCGUAGUGUGCUGGGUCGCUGUUUUGGACUGCUGUUCUCCUGUGGUGACAGCAUGGGCCUAAGAAGCACAAUUACUCUUUGCCACGAUAUGCUCAAGAACCCCAAGGAUGAUUCUGCGGCGGCUGUCAGUGCAAGACUAACUUCUAUGGAAUGCCUCGGUCAUAUCUAUCUGAAGCUGGGCCGAAUGGCUGGUCCAUCCUUCCAAGACUCCGCACAGUUGCUCUUCAAAGCUGUCAAGUACUCGGAGCAACAAGGCAAGGCGGAGAUAUUGCAAGCUUUCCAGCGUUUACUGAUCGGUUUGGCCGACGGCGCUAGUGCCAUUCACAAGGACAUCUACCGGUUGGCCAAGUCCAGUCUGACAGACAAGUCCAUGUCCGUGCGCUGUGCAGCUGCUCGGUGCAUGCUGGAGCUUCAGCAGUCUGCCUUCUUUGUGUACACUACGGAACUGGAUGCAGUUGUGUCUGCCUGCGUCCGAGGACUGGAUGGUGCUAGUACAUACGAGGCUCGCUGCACUAUCGCUGCCUUGAUGGGUGGUGUGCUUGCUACUACUCAGCAACCGCUACCAUACCUGCCACCAGGCACCAAGGUUCCCAAGAGAGCAACCAUCGGUGAAGUCCUCAGUAUGCUGGUCAACGCGUUUGUACGCGGCAGCGGCGACCUGCUGAAGAGCUCUGUGAGCCGAGAGCUGCGAGUUGGUGUGACCCAGGCUUUCGUUGCCUUCUUGACUGGCCUGGGCAUGAACGGUGUGGAGCGGCACAUCAGCACUAUACUUUCUCACCUGAUGGACAUGCUGUGCCAGCCGAAGGCGAUGGGGAACACGCACGUGGAGGCCGUCUACACGCGUCGCUGUGUGGCCUUCAUCCUGCGCCGUAUCUUCGGCCGGCGGCUGGGCGAGCCGGCCCAGCUGCAAGCUGCCCGAAUCAUAUGUCAGGAAGUCACGAAGCGACUCGGUGGCAAGGAUGGCAAUGGAGGUGGUGGUGACGAUAGCGACACCAGUCAGUCACAGCAUGCCGUUGCAGUGGCCAUGCAAGAGCUCGGUGGACUUCUACUGGGUCUGAGUUCCCUGGCAUCCACACUGUUCACAGAAGGAACUGGCCAGUUUGGCAUGCUUGGGACGGCUAUCCACCUCGCUCUGCUGCACCCGAGCCGCGCCGCCAGCCUGGCCGGUGCAUGGUGCAUGCGCUGUGCAGCCAUUGCCAUGCCAUCGCAGCUCACCUUGCUCGUGGAGCAGUGCCUGAAGCAGCUGUCCUCGCCCAAAGCCACUGCGGAGACCAUGCAAGGCUACGGUCACGGCCUGGCCGCGCUGCUGGGCUGUGUGCGCCAGCACUGCCCGCUCGGCUUGCCGCAGAGCAAGAGCAAGGCUGUGUUCAGCCUGGCCGAGGAGAUCCUGCGCUCUGCCUCGCAGAACACGCGCAUGGCACUGGAGCGGACACGUGCUGCCUGGACCAUUCUCAGCGCUCUCAUGACAUUGGGACCAGGAGUGGUGCGCCCCAACGUGCCACGGAUGUUGCUGCUGUGGCGUAAUGCCUUCCCACGAUCUGCAAAGGAGGGCGAUGCCGAAAAGGCCAAGUUUGACCAGUUCCAGUGGCAAGUGGCGCUAGUUAGUCGCUCCGGAGCACUUUGCGCCAUCAAGUACUUUGUGCAGUGCUGUCCAGACCUACUGACCGACGAUGUGUCUCGACGUGUUGUGGCCGUGCUUGAGUGUGCGCUCAGCACAUUGUCUGGCAUGAGUGGGGUUUGCAAGCAGCAUGGCGUACCGUUGAAAGCAGCGGCAACCAUGGUGCGUUUACGCCUCUACCAGUCCUUGCUGCAGCUCAGCACGGCAACUUAUGAGAGUUUAUUCGGUAGUCUCCUUCGGGAAAUGGUGGCCGACUUUACUCUGACAGAGAAUCCAGCCAGCAUCAGUAGCUCUUUGCUGAGAUCUUUCUGUCACAUGGAGGACAGUGUCUUGCUGGGUUCCUGGAGCGAGGAGACUGACGACAAGCUGCUGGAGGACCAGCUGCAAGGCAACAGUGCCUCAGGAUCAGGUGCUCUGGAGCAUGACAUGUCAUGUCUCUACGCCCAGGACCAACCACUGGAUGGCUCUAUUCCGGGUCCUCUGCCACUGGGUGUUGCUGUCAUUGACUCAUCCGUGGCUUUGUUUGGACAAGUGUUCCCCCGCGUGGCCUCCAAACAUCGCCUGCAGCUGCUCAGUCAUUUUGGCGACUGCAUUCGAACUGCCAAGGCUGCUCGUCAGCAGCAAAUUCAGAUCAACAUCUUCACGGCUUUCCUGGCGGCUCUGAGGGGCCUGGUGGACCAUAAGAGUGGUCUCAAGGAAGCCGAGCUGAUCUCUACUGCCAAUCAACUCAUCACCGGUGCCCUGGCCAGCUCUGAUGCCACACUACGCUGUGCGGCUGGUGAGGCGCUGGGUCGGAUGGCGCAGGUUGUGGACGACGGCAAGUUCCUGGCCAACACAGUGCAGGCAUGCUUCGAGACUCUGAAGACGGCACGUGACGCCGUAUCGCGCACGGGUCACUCGCUGGUCCUGGGCUGCUUGCACCGGUACACUGGUGGCAUGAGCUCUGGUCAUCAUCUCAGUGCCAGCGUUGGUAUUCUGCAGGCGUUGGCACAGGAUAACAGCUCGCCGGCUGUGCAAGUCUGGUCUCUGCAUGCUCUCGCACUCAUCGCCGAUACCGGCGGCCCGCUGUUCCGUAGCUACGUGCAGCAGACCCUCUCGCUUGUUGUUAACCUAUUGCUGACGGUAUCAUCCUCACAGGUCGAUGUUCACCAAUGUCUUGGCCGUUGCCUGCAAGCCCUGGUCACUACGCUCGGUCCGGAGCUCGUCGGUGGUUCAUCAUCGGUGGCUGACAUGCGCAGCUCAUGCCUUGCCGGGUGUGCAGUGAUGUUGAGCCAUCCGGAUGCUAUCGUGCGCGUAUCCGCCAUCCAGUGCUUGCAGCAGAUCCAGCUGUUUGCACCGUCGGCGGUCGCUCUCGUCCAGCUCGUCCCGUGCUUGUGCGAGUCCCUGUCCAACAAGCACCUGCUCCUUCGCCGUGCUGCUGCCGCUUGCCUCCGUCAGCUGGUGCAGCGACAGGCGCAGGAGGUUGUGGCUACUGCGAAGAAGUUUGGCGGUGGAGUAGUAGCAUCUGCUCCGCCGUACGCACCCUCCAAGUGCUUGGAGUCUGCUCUCUUGGGUAUGCUCGACGUGGAGAUUGACACCCAGCUGCGGUCGGAUAUCUGCGACACGUUUACCAAUCUGUUGUCGACGUGUGCUCCGGCGCAGCCCCGCCACUGGCUCAUGCUGUGCUAUGCUGUCCUGUCGGCUGCUGCGCAAGUCGAUUCAGGCGGUGGUGCCCCACAGGGUGGUGAUGGCGAUGAAAAGGUCGACGAUGACGAGGACAAUGAAGCCAUGGUGACAACGGCGCCCGUCGAGGACAAGCAGAAAACAGAGACGAUUGCGCCCUGCUGGCCGUCCAAGGUGUUCGCUGUGCAGUGCGUUGAGAAGAUCAUGAAUGUCUGCCACAACCACACCAGCACCCAUGUCAACUUCAUGGAGGCCAGACAAAAGAAGGCAGCUGGCCAGGGUGAUUAUCUCGUUCUGCAGUUGCUGGAACUGGUUAGGACUGCCUUCAUGGCGUCAACUGGAAAUGUCAACUCGGUCAGAAUUGCGGGUCUCAAGGCGCUCAAGCACGUUAUUGAAAUGUUUGCACAUGUACCGGAUGCAGACUAUGCUGGCCAUGCUCUGCUGGAACAGUACCAGGCUCAGAUUGCAGCUGCUCUGCGGCCAGCGUUUGCUGCUGAUACACCACCGGAUGUCACUGCAGCCGCCUGCCAGGUCUGCAGUACCUGGAUCAGCAGUGGUGUGUCCCGUGAGUUAUCGGAUUUGAGGGCAGUGCAGACGUUGAUGGUGUCCUCACUCAGCAAAGUACGCACUAGAAAGGAAGAGCUGGAGUCCGGCACUAGCUCGGGCGAAGCCAAAGAUGGUGACAACAGCAUGGAGACAACAAGUGGCCGCUACAACGAAAGCACAGCCACCAUGGAGAAACUGGCUGUGCUGACCGCGUGGGCUGAGGUGUUCAUCAAGGCUCGGCAGUCAGCAAACAGCAAGUCGGACACGCCGGCCGCCAUCGAUGAGUUUGGCGACCCGGUUGCGUCCACGGCACCCGACCUGCUGCAGCUGGUGUUGCCGGAGCUGCAGCGGCUGCGUCGCUUCUGGCUGCUGUGCCUGCGCGACCACGCCAUGCUGGAGCUGCCGGCCCAGUUUGCACCGCAGCUGCCGCCCGACGGCGGUGCGUUCUACAGCAGCGCCACGGCCGAGACGGCCGCCGGCUACUACACGCACAGCUGGCCACCGCUGCUGCUGGCUGCCGCCUACUGGAUGAACAGCGAUGAUAUGCAGUCUUCGACCACUCAGAGCUCAUCAAAUGGCCGUUCAUCUAGUCCUGCGCAGGCAUUGUCGUCCGGUAGCAGUGAUCAGGAUCGGUUGGACCGCUAUCGUCUGGUCAUGGGACUGGCUGUCAAGUCACUGUGUGGCUCACAGUCCGACCAGCCCAAGAACAGCCAAUGCCUCUGUGUGCGGAGUCUCCUGCAACUGUUCAGUUGUGCUUGGCCAUGUGAACAGCUGGCUCAAGACAAGACAAUGCUGGUGGAGCUGCUAAGUGUGCUGCACCGUGUGCUGCUUACUGCUGACCUAGAAACACAGCAGGACGCCAUACAGGUUGUCAGUCUUGUUCUGACUGCGUACAAGAGUCAGCUAGCCAAGGAGCGUAGCAGUGCUGACUGUGAUGCCAGCCGCGGCAAGGUGGGCGAAGGUGGCCAGGACGGUGAUCUACAGCCCGGUCAUAGUGUGGUGUUCGUCACGCUGGAGGUGUGCCUGAGCGCCAUCGUGCGCACUUUCCCCAUGCUGUCGCCGCAGCAUGUCAACACGUCGCUGGCCGGCGUCGACCAGGCGCACACGCGCCAGCUGCAGCGCUCCACCAACGUGUCGGCGCUGGAGGCCAGCCUGGCGGCAUCGGCUGCCAACAUCUUGACCAGCCUGCCGGACCUGUGCACGGCCAGUGGUGCUCUGGCCGUGCUUCCCACACUACUCUUCCUGCUCACCGGCAUGCUCUGCGAAGCUAGUGUUCUGGACGCUAAGGGCGAGCAGCGCUUGCCCACCAUCUCGGCCAGCUGCCUCGUGGCACUGAAGACGUUGGCAUCGUCGAGUGUGGCCUCUCAGAGCGAAGGGCCUAGCGGUGCUCGCUGGCAGUCGUUGCUGGCCUCGGCUAUGCUUAGCAUUGUGGAAGCAGCCGAGCAGCGGGAUGCACAGCGGGAUACGUCCGUCAUGUUACUGGCCAUCGCUGUCUUCACACAGUCGGCGCCAGCUGUGGUAGCUGCGCAUCCACAGGUCCAGGCACGCUCUGUUGACAUCUUUCAGAGCGCGUUCAAGACCGGAAAAGUUGCGGUGCAGCGCAAGUGUGUCCACGCCCUGAUCUCUAUCUUCCAGUGCCCGGAUGCGUCAGUCUCACGCCCGUUCAUCCAUGCACUGGGCACCAGCAUCGUGGAGCGCCUGCAAUCUUCAGUGUCCGCUCGGCCAGCCACCGACGAAGAGAGCAACCUGCUGGUUGACUGUGUCCGUGCUGUGGAAGUUCUGCUGGCGACGGCAGAAGAAGCACACCGUACGUCGAUGAUGGGAUUGCUGGUACCUCUGCUCAUUGACCUACUCGCCGAUAGUCCCUCCAGCAGUACGCUCAAAAUCUUGCAUAAUUUUGCCCUGGAGCGCGUCAAGGCCAUUGGGCCGAAGUUCCCGGCGGCGUUCAAGGCCGUCAUCGCCGCCAAUCCAGCGCUGAAACAGCGCCUUGAAGCGGCUCUGCGCGGCGCUGCCUCAGCCCAGGCAGCCGCCGCGAGCAAGACAGUGGCUCGCAGUGCUCAGCCAGAGCAGCCCACAAUCAAACUGAAGAUGAACUUUGGCAAAUUCUAAUUAUUUAUUCUGCCGUUCACCGUGUACACGCUACGUACAUGUAGUACCUGUGCGUGUGUUCAUUCUCGCCUACCUGUGAGAUAGUAUUUCUAGUGGACAGAGAUGAACACGCUGUUUACGAAAGCCGUUCUAGUGCUGUAUAUAUUCUACCCAUCCCUAUUUUGUGCUUCAGGCUAGCCCUGGAAAAUGUGUGUCAUUAGCAGCAGGUCUGGUAGUCGGCCUUUGCUCAUUGCCCCCUUUCACCUUUUCCUUAGUACAUUUAACAAUUACCUUCUCAACAUCUGCCUUGUUCUUUCAGGACAAGGGCCGUUACUGAGUACGUGAAUGCCAAUCCCCCUCUUCUCUCGUCAAGGCUAACAGAUUUUAUGCUUUAGAUCUCUCUUUUUAAAUGCUAUACUUUCUCUUUGUGCAGCCCGUUGUUUCGUUUACAAUUAUUGCACCUGACCUAUCUCUUUGACUGUGUACAUAGUUAUCAUGGUUCUUAUACUCUGUAAUUUUCUUGCUGAGAAGUAUGACACAUAUAAUACGGACUUUCCACGACACUGCACAAAAAUCUAUGCUGACAAGUAGGAUCUCAAAAUUGCUGGACAGACUCCGGAUGACUGCUUCAUGAUAACAAUUCGUAUGUGGGCUGUCUCUUCCCUAUUCUUCUGUUUGUGGAAAUACACGUAUUUACUUCAAGUGAAAUAAUAAUUAU